GUAAAGCGUGUGAGUUGCAGCCGGAUGCCUUUACUUGCUGCACUGUUUCCAAGGGACUUGGCAGGAUGGAUGAUCAAGGCUGUCCUCGUUGUAAGACCACGAAAUAUCGCAAUCCUUCCCUCAAACUUAUGGUGAAUGUGUGCGGACAUACGCUAUGCGAGAGCUGUGUAGAACUGUUAUUUAUCAGAGGUUCUGGAAACUGUCAGGAAUGUGGUACAGCGCUACGAAAGAAUAAUUUCAGAGUGCAACUCUUUGAAGAUCCAACAGUCGAUAAGGAGGUAGAGAUUCGAAAGAAAGUAUUGAAAAUAUACAACAAAAGAGAAGAAGACUUCCAGACUCUUAAGGAAUACAAUGACUUUCUUGAAGAGAUUGAAGACAUUGUGAAUAACCUGACCAACAAUAUGGAUGUGGAAAACACCAGAAGAAAAAUGGAGCAAUAUCAGAAGGAUAAUAAGGACAUUAUUUACAGAAACAAGUUAAAACUGAACCGGGAGCAAGAAGACUUGGAGGAGACUUUAGAACUUGAACGGCAAGAGAAUGAACAAAGACGAAUACUCUUGUUGAGGGAAGAACAAAUGCAGCAGUUAGCAAAAAAGAAGAAUAAGCAAGCCCUCAUUGAUGAUCUGGAGAGUUCCCAGCUGCCCGCUAGUAUGCUCUUGGCUCAACACAAGGACCGGGCUGUGCAACUGGAAGCACAAUUAGAAACACAACAGAAAGUUAAACCUGUGACAUUCUCUACUGGCAUCAAAAUGGGUCAGCAAAUAUCUUUGCAGCCAGUACCAAAGAUAGAAGAGGCUUUGUACAUAUAUCAACCAUUACAGAUGAAAUUAUGUGGACCAGAAGUUCCAGAAUAUGAGCUGCUUGAAGCAAGGGGGUACCUGAACCAUGUUCGAACAGCCACUCCCCAGGAUCUGGCAGGGGGCUAUACUUCCUCCCUUGCAUGUUACCGUGCUCUACAAGAUGCAUUUAAUGGUCUUUUCUGGCAGUCCAACUAGUCUGAUGGACGUGAAGCUUCAAAGGUGGCCCUUGGAUAGAUACCAGGAAUUUCAACAGCCAGACUUCCGUUAAAAGCAUACUAUCAGCCACAUCACAGCUGAAUGGAAAAUUGACUGUCAGCCAAAUAAAUUGAACUUGGACAGCUGUUUGGAGACAGCAGGUGACAAACUCAAAAAGAUUACCAUUUUCUAUUUACAUGGAGAGUGUGCUGAGAUUCACUUACAGGAAGGGGAUGCAGGGUAAAUACAGGUGGUUACAGAUGUGUAACCACCCUUUGACAAAGAGGAUAUAACUUCUGAUGAUUAAAGAUUGAGGAACUAUUAGUAUUUCUCAAAACGCUAUUAUUGAAACUCAGUAAAUUUAUCUAUAUUGUGUAAAAAUGAAUGUAAGUUCGUCCAGGCAAUUAAAUUUUCAUUUUGAAUAAAAUUUAUUGAUACCU